UUUGCGUUUAGCUUUGGCAAGCUCUUCGAGCACCUUGAGAACGACACGCGAAUUUUCACCAACUGUGUCUCGACCAAGGCUCUCUCGUACACCCCACCCUGCUUUUGACAGACCUGCUACCACGGCGGGUAUUACUUAUACGCGAGCACGAAAAUCAACAUAAUGGGCUUUGAUCGCGGUGGGAGAGGCGGCGGUGACCGUGGCAGGGGCGGCGGAGGCUUCCGCGGCGGCGAUCGCGGCGGGAGCAGAGGAGGCGGUGAUCGCGGUCGCGGUGGGUUCAGAGGAGGCGGCCGUGGAGGUUUUGCAUCUGGCGGUCGCGGUGCCCCGCGCGGUGGUGGUCGUGGUGCGCCAUUCAGAGGAGGUGGCCGUGGUGGUGACCGUGGAGGUCGCGGAGGCCGUGGCGGCGCCGCCGGUGGAGCAGGAGGAAGAAAGGUUAUUGUUGAGCCUCAUCGUCACAAGGGCGUUUUCGUCGCACGCGGCGGAAAAGAGGAUCUCCUCGCCACCGCAAACCUUGUCCUCGGCGAGUCUGUCUACGGCGAGAAGAGGAUCUCAGUAGAAAACCCUUCCAAGGGCGAAGAUGGUGCGGCCGCAACAAAGACAGAAUACCGAAUUUGGAAUCCUUUCCGAAGCAAGCUUGCCGCCGGUAUUCUUGGUGGCCUCGAGACCAUCUAUAUGAAGCCCGGAUCCAAAGUACUUUACCUCGGUGCCGCCUCUGGUACAUCAGUAUCUCAUGUUGCUGACAUCGUCGGGCCAACUGGCGCGGUAUACGCCGUCGAAUUCUCCCAUCGCUCGGGACGUGAUCUUAUCAACAUGGCGACUCGCCGAACAAAUGUUAUCCCUAUCGUCGAAGAUGCUCGCAAGCCUUCGGCCUACCGAAUGCUCCUCCCAAUGGUGGAUGUUAUCUUUGCCGAUGUUGCGCAGCCUGAUCAAGCCAGAAUUGUUGGAAUUAACGCCAGGCUCUUCCUGAAGCAGGGUGGUGGACUUCUGAUCUCUAUCAAGGCCAGUUGCAUUGACAGCACAGCACCUCCCGAGCAGGUCUUUGCCAGCGAAGUACAGAAGCUCAGAGAAGACAAAUUCUUCCCUAAGGAACAGCUGACACUGGAGCCUUACGAGCGUGACCAUGCUAUGGUAUCCUGCGUCUACCUCCAGAGGGAGUUCCAGGACUAGGAUACAAGUUCGGAUCAUGGUAUCGUCCGUUGCCCUACUCGAGGGCCCUCUCACAUUACUCGGUGUUCGACUAGCUAGAUGGAGUUCUUGAGUCGGGAAAGGCGAAUGGCGUUUGGACGUGCUUGUUGUGUCUGCAUGUGUGAGUAAGAGAAUGUAACCGGGGUUGAGAUUUUAUCCUAAAAGCGCAGGCUCAGUUAACUCGCGUCGCGAUUCUGUGUCUCAGUGACCAUACAGCCAUCCAGACCCACCUUGAGGCCUUGGAUUUGCCGUGGGAAUCGUGGAGGCCGUGCAAGCUGCUUCGGGUUCGUUAUCUACAAUCCGGGCUUCGGGUAUGGAAUCGAUGCAUUGGAGCUUCUUGGACUCGGUAUAUUUUUAUUAGGGUGGUUAUCGGUUCGGGAAAUAAAAAAAAAUUCACACCA